CGCCCCCAUUCAUUUAUUUACAAACUAGCAGGGGAUAUCGAACGUAUCGCGCAUGCCCAUGGAUAUCGAUAUAUCGAAUGACAAAAAAGAAAGUGCAAAGAAGAAAAUAUACAACUUCAUUUGAUUGAAAAAAAAUGAAAAAAAAAGAGAAAAAUUCGCAGCCUAAUUAAAAAGUCCGAUAAUGAUGUAUAACGCAUGUGUCCAGAUGAUGUAUCUUGAGAUAUAUAUUUGACAAAUGUCACGUGCGACAAAUGUCAUUGGCAUGUCUGUUCCCGAGGUUAUCAAUUCCGUGUCAUUAUUAACAUCAUGAAGAGGAUCAAAAUCGUGCCGGACAGGCCCAAUCGCCAGUUCGAGACCUGGUUGGAAGAAUGGAGGGAUCAUGCGAUGCUCCGAAACUCCGAGUUGUGCGGCCAGUUCACGAAGGCCUUGGAUUCGCUCAAGCGAUACCCGCUACCGUUGGAAUCCGGCAAGGAAUGCAUAAUCUUGCAGCAUUUCGGCACAAAAUUGUGCUCGAUGUUGGAUAAAAAAUUGGAAGAGCAAAGAAGACACGAAUCCGUUAAAACUAUCGUUGAUGCGGACUGUAUUACUGCGUCCAGGAAGCAACUUCUGGAUGACAAGGUUGUUGAAACGCAGGAGAAAACAGCAAGAGUCAGACAAGCUAGGAACACGAAACAGAGUGCACCGAAAAAAUUGGCAAAUAUAGAUGAAAUUGCAUCAAAGGAAAACGGCAGACAAAUUUAUUUAGAAUCUAAUGCCUUCGAUAUUAUAUUAUUGGUGGACACUCAAGAAACUUGUGGUGGAAAAACAAAGCCUCAACAUGAUGCUACGCUUAUGGAAUUGACGCAGUUUGGUGUGUUGUUUGAAGUGCGUCGUUUGAAGAUUGGCGAUUUUAUGUGGAUUGCCAGAUGUAGAAAAACGCAAGAUGAAUUGGUUAUACCUUAUAUAAUAGAGAGAAAACGAAUGGAUGAUUUAAGUGCGAGUAUUACGGAUGGAAGGUUUCAUGAACAAAAGUUUCGAUUGAAGCAAUCUAAGAUUGAGAAUCUUAUGUAUAUAGUGGAAAAUAUUGACAAGAAUUCCCGAUUUUCCAUUCCACUUCCAUCAUUGUUACAAGCUUCUGUAAAUUGUUUAAUACAAGAUGGUUUUACUGUAAAAUAUACAAGAAAUCAUAAAGAUUCUAUGUCGUAUUUAUCAUGUGUGACAAAGACUCUAAUUAAAAUCUACAAGGAUAAGAAGCUUGUUGGAUGUAAAAAAGAACGUCUUCUUCAGACUAAUAAUUUAGAUAGCACGAUACGCCUUAUGGAAUUCAAAGAAUUCAAUAAAGCAUCUUCAAAACAAAGAAAAUUUAAAGUAAGCGAAAUGUUUAUUCGCCAACUAUUACAACUGAAAGGUAUGUCUGUAGACAGAGCAACAGCAAUUGUAGAACGUUAUCCUUCGCCACAGAUUCUGAUCAUAGCUUUAGAAAAUUCUGUUAAUGGUGAGCAAUUAUUGGCGAACAUUCAAGUCGGUGAUAAAAAACGCCAGCUGGGAUCUAGCAUCAUUUAUACAACGAUGGGUUUAAGUGUGUAUAUCUUUAUCACGAUCCUCCCGCAAAUUCUCGAUGUAUUUCUACCAUUGAACGAGACACGUUCGCGUGAACAUCCAUUUCGCAUGGAGUUUUUCAUAGAUGAAGAGAAGUUCUUUUAUCUUAUUCGAAUUCAAAUGUAUCUUAUAAUAAUAUUAAUGAUGGUAACAAUUCUUGCGAACGGGACCGUGUUCGUUGUUUACACGCGACAUGCCAGUGGAAUGUUUACUAUACUAGGGAACCGCGCAGAACAUUUAUUUAGCGAACGUUCCUCCAAGUUUGGGCGAUCCAACCGUAGGACUGAAAAAGAAUACAGGAACAUUGUUCUCUUUGUCGAGGAUCAUCGCAACGUUAUACAGUUUGUGGACGUUAUUCGAUCGAGCUACAGCCUUAGCCUCUUUGGUGAAUAUUUGUUCUUUAUGAUUGUGAUAGGCCUGACACUGGUACAAAUAAUUAAAUUCUCCGGAUUAUCAGAUCGGCCAAUUAGAUCUAUAGCUUUCAUGGUCGGACAAUUAUUUUAUCUGCUUAUGUUUAGUUAUAUGGGUCAGCAUAUAAUUGACACAAGUAUCGAGUUGUCCACGAAGAUAUAUUGCGGAAAAUGGCACAAUAUGUCUGUGUGGAAGCAAAAAAUUAUGUUAUUCAUUAUGAUAAGAUGUAUGCGAGCGGUUUCCAUUAAUUCAUACAGUAUAUAUACCCUGAGUUUAGAAACUUUCGCAAUGGUAAGCAAUAUCGACGAUAUAUCCACGAUUAUAAAAUGUUCUCCCUUUCCUCGAUAAUGUCACUGCGACUUUUGUUUCAAGAUCGUACAAUCGGGCAUAUCGAUUUGCAUGCUGCUGAUAAGUAUAUGAGACAAAGAAUUCGUAAAUAAUACGGAAAUAGCACCUAAUAGCGUUUUUGUAUGUAUUCGAUAUACAUAAAAUCAUCACAAUACAUCUUUUUUUACGUUUCAAACCCAAAGAGAAAAUCGCUCCUCAUU